AUGAAAGGAGCGGGGUACCUUUGGCUCCUUCCCAACGGUGGGAAAAGUUUUCGCAUUUCUUUGGACUGCUGCCACCCGCCAACCCCAGCAAAUAAGUACUGUCUCAUCCACGUACCACCUGUCUCGUUAUGCGCACGAGGCAAGGGCAGACCCCAAAUAGCGGAUCGUCAAUUAACGCACCAGCGAGCAGUACGCUUAAGUCCAGGUGGGUCUCUAGAAGCUCCCGCGGAAGAGCUUCGGCCAUGCUCCCGCGUUGAAUCUAUGCCCCAUUGCGGUGUGGAUCAGAAUCCAAAGACUCAGAAGGUAAAAGGUCGUACCCAACCCUCCAAUCCCGAAUUCCUGGAAGCUCAGAAGAAGUUCGACGAGGCGAUCGCUGACAGUACAGCGGCAAUGGCUAACUUUUUGGACAGUGAAGUAAGUUAUGACCGAAUUUCUUUGUCUACCACUAUUUGUAAUUUAUCUCUUCUAUUUAAUUACCUCCCGUUCACGAUAGAGCACGACCUAUCACAUUUCCCUGGGUCAUCUAUAAUCCCGAUGGAAGAGAGGUGGCUGGAAGGAAACUAA